AUGAAAAAAGGUACAAGACGGAGUGAGCCGAGAGGCAGGAAGCGCGGACAUGUCGUAUGUAGAGCGAGAACGUCCGUGACAGUGCGCCCGCGCGCGCGUGGUGAGCCUCCACCGCAACCAGACUAUCUAUCUAUUAAAGUAUGUACAUACUCGUACAUAGAAUUGUGCAAAGCAAGCGCACCAACGUUCAUUGUGUUUUUGAGUUUGAACAAAACACAGUUGGUGUGCGAGACAAAGGCGGCAACGUUCAAGUACAGUAGUGAGCGAUAUCCGAGGCGGCGCGGCGCGGUACGAAAGGCGCACGCCGCGUAUCGGGGCCGUGCGGCGCUGAUCCCGUUACAACUGUACCGCUGCUCUCCGCGUCGGCGCUCAUGCACUCGGUGCACACCGCACAAUAGCGCACUAUCUCAUCAGGCGACACUUUAA